GUCGGUUUCUCUGUGCGCUAAAUGGUGUAUGUGCGUGUGUAACAACCAUUACAACUGCUGAAGUCAGGUACAAGACUGUCCUUUUGCGUUUCCUGUAAGAGACAGUCAACACACAAGGCACUCUACCCGAUCCGCCAUCAAGACGCCCAGACCAACGCACAAAGGGGAUUUUACCUGGGAGUAUGUCGCCAACUAAAGAAAAUGACGGCGGAUGGAAGAAAUUUGUAUGGAAUUCAGAAAAGAAGGAGUUCUUAGGACGUACCGGUGGCAGUUGGGCUAAAAUCACCUUGUUCUACAUCAUUUUCUAUGGAUGCUUGGCUGGGAUCUUCAUCGGGACCAUUCAGGCGAUGCUGCUUACGUUAAGCAACUACAAACCAACCUAUCAAGACAGAGUCGCACCUCCAGGUCUAUCACACACACCACGGUCUGACAAAUCAGAAAUAGCUUUCAAUAUGAACGAUAAAUCUACAUUCGAGAAAUACAUCAAGAGUAUGUCAGACCUGCUUGCAAAGUAUGAAGAAGAUUUGCAGACGGAGGACAAAAACUUUGAGAACUGUGGAGUGGAGCCUCAGCCAUACAAAGAGCGUGGUACUGUGGAAAGUGACAACGGCCAGAGGAAAGCCUGUCGCUUCUUACGGUCGUGGCUGGGCCCCUGCUCUGGCCAGGACCCUAACUACGGCUUCCAAGACGGAAAACCCUGCCUCAUCGUCAAACUCAACAGGAUUGUCAACUUCAGACCCCGGGCUCCUUCUAAUGAUUCCAUCCCUGAAACUGUGGCAUCAAAUUUGAAACCCAACAUGAUUCCCAUUUUCUGCAAGAACAAGAGGGAUGAGGACAAAGACAAGGUCAACGAGAUUAAAUACCAUGGUAUGGGUGCCGGCUUCGCCCUGCAGUACUACCCCUACUACGGCAAGCUGUUGCACCCUCAGUACCUGCAGCCCCUGGUGGCCGUGCAGUUCACUAACCUGACACUAGGGGAAGAGCUGCGCAUUGAGUGCAGAGUGUUCGGCGCAAACAUCGACUAUAGCGAAAAGGACCGCUACCAGGGACGCUUCGACGUCAAGAUCACCAUCAACUCGUGACCUCAGCCGCAACUAAAAAUACAUGUAGAAUUAUCAAAAACACCACUAGUAUUUGAACAUUCACGAUAUACAGGAUCUACACUUAAUCUGUUGUGUGCUUUACACUAGCUUCUUCUGUGCGCGUGUCCAGGGUUAGAAUGUAAAAUACCAGAGUAGCAAUAGCAAAUAUUUAUUCUACUGUAAAUGAGAUAUUCCUUGAGCCAUGGGAUGUGUUUCAUCAAUUACUGUAUCUGCGAUUCCACUACUGACGCCUAGCGAGCCGUGUGUGUCCCGCCUCUCUCACCUGAUGUGGUUUAUAUUUUUUGGAGUGUUCCGUGCCGUAGCCCUCGCUCUGUCUGCCCCUUCCCCUCUCUCUCGUCUUAUGUCAGCUUCAGUGGUCCAAGGUUUGUGUGUGUUUGUGUGUGUGUGUGUGUGUGUGAGGUGUGUGCGAAAUACAGCAUGGUACUCUGAAGCCACGGCCCGUGAAUGAGUUAACACUGCGCUCCAUGGACUCUUCCUUUGUGUUUCUUUGACCGAGUUUAUUGUCAGGUUUUGUCCAAGUGGAAGGACACAGUUGUACUUUUUUGUUCUUGUUCACCUUUAGCUGUAGUUUUGGUUUAGCAUCCGUUCUGUUUUAACAUCCGUUUUCUUCUUAAUGAUAGUGUAGAGAGCUUUGUGGGUCCAGCCUAAAGACUGUCACCUCCAUGGAAACGGCAGCAACUCAGUGCUUUUAAAUCUGUUUUGCUGGAGACGUCACAUUAUGUGAUGCAACUUACUAUUGAAUGUUUUAGCCAUUUUCAUGGUGGAAGAAUUUUAUAUUUAUGCAGUUGUACAUUUUUUUCAAAGUGUAAUGUAAAAAUCCAAUACCAAAGGCGCUGGUUUAGAAUAUCAGAUGCAAUGCAGUGUGCCAGUGUACAAAUGUUUAGUUGGUGUGAAAUACUUAAUUCAAUGUUGAAGAUCAAACACCUGUUUAUUUAAUCUGCAUAAGGCUGAAACAAUAAAACGAAAAAUACGACAACUGUGAA